UAUUUUGUCUCCAACUUAUUAUUUAGUCACUGAAACGCAGUUUUUAGAAUGUUAAUAUACCUUAUUUAUUUUUGUAGACAAUAAAUAUAUAAUAUAAUUAAUCUGAUAACAUUAUUGAAUAAGCUGAAUUUGUACGUGUUGUUCAGUGUUUAUUUAUAUUGUCAUUAAUUGCUAAUCAAAGGCAAUCUCUUGCAGUAUUUCACCAAACUUAAUUUCUGUAAGGUUUCUAAAUAAAAUACCACCAUGAGUUAUAUGCUGGGACAUCUACACAACGGCUGGCAGGUGGAUCAAGCUAUAUUAUCUGAAGAGGAUCGUGUAGUGGUGAUAAGGUUUGGUCAUGACUGGGACCCGACAUGUAUGAAAAUGGACGAGGUACUCUACAGUAUAGCAGAGAAAGUUAAAAACUUUGCCGUCAUCUAUCUAGUGGACAUCACAGAGGUGCCCGACUUCAACAAAAUGUACGAAUUGUACGACCCGUGUACGGUGAUGUUUUUCUUCCGCAACAAGCACAUCAUGAUCGACUUGGGCACCGGCAACAACAACAAGAUCAACUGGCCCCUCGAGGACAAGCAGGAGAUGAUCGACAUCAUCGAGACCGUGUACCGGGGCGCUCGCAAGGGACGCGGUCUUGUCGUCUCACCCAAGGACUACUCUACAAAAUAUAGAUACUAAAUAUGUAAUUUGUAUAGCAUUAAUAUUUAAAAAUAUCGAGCAUUGUUUUAAAUGUUCUAAUUUGUACAUUUCUAUGAUAAAAU